AAAGAAAGAAAGAAAGAAAGAACAAAAAAAAGCAAGCACAAUAAAAAGAAAAAGAAAAAAGAACUUUAUUGUUUUUAAUUAGUUUUUAUAAUUCAAAAUAUCACAAUCCAAAACAAAUAAACUGUUUUUACCUAAGGCUAAGUGUCAAAUUUGAGAGAUUAAUGCACUUUGCUAAAGCAAAACCUAAGCUUGAUGCACCUUAAUCACCAAUUUUAUUGUGUCUUUUUAAAUAUUGAAGAAAAAAUAUAUCAUUAAAUAGUUAAUUAGAAGGAAAAAAUGAAGAAAAAAUAUGAAAUAAUAAGAUUAAUUACCAAUAAAAGCAAAAGUUGUAAAUAAAAUGAUGUGCUAAAUUAACAAAGAAAGAACAAAAAAAA